CGACCGAAGGAUGAAAAAUGGACUACGUAUAAGAAGAACCUCAUUGAACUUUACAAAUUAAAAGAUAACAAGUACUCCAUCAAGGACCUGGAGACUAUGCCUCAGGAUGAGGACGAGAGCGUUCGGGCGUUCGAGAAGCGUUUUCAGAAGAUCUUUGACGUACUGAUGAAGAAGGGGAAGAUCUCGGAAGUCGAGCGCUACCGAGACCGCAGGGCUCGCGAAAUGUAUGAGCGAGCUAGGAGACUAGAUGAUUACUCUCGUAACCCUCGCUAUGAGGCUGAUGGGGGUAGAGGCGACUCUCGAGGCCGGUGGGAGUCGGAUCAGGAUCGGCGAGACGGAUACAGGGACGGCGGAUAUGAGAGAUCGGACCAAGAUGGAUAUAGGGAUGGCAGAUAUGAGAGGUCGGAUCGAGAUGGAUACAUAGGUGGCGUGUAUGAGAGAGCAGAUCGAGACGGAGACCGACGAGAUAACUCGCGCGGCCGAGCAGCGAGAGGUUCGACCUCCAAGGGCGCAGACUACUGUAGAGGGGAUGAUCAUAUCAAGAGAGAUUGUCCGGAUCUCAAACGGGCAAUAGAUGAGGGACUUGUGAUGCUUGAUGACCGUAAGUACGUAAAGUGGGCUGAUGACCUGGGAGACGUAUCGAUGUUCCCUUCGAUGAAGGAGAAUGUUGAAGCAAGGAGAGUAAAGCCGAGUAAAGGAAAGGAGCCGGUUAGGAGCCAGAGCAUCAAGAUAACUUUCGAAGGAGAUAUGGCAACCACACCCAUAAGAAUGGCAGCUACCAAGUCGGCGAGAGGCUCUACGUCGAAGAAGACUGACACGGAUUACGUGAUGGCUGAGAAGGACGGACAGCGGAUCGAUGGAGAGGAGGUUAUUAUUUCACCGCGAAAGCGGGGAGUGAAGAAGUUUUUAAUGAAGACUUCGCUGGAUGAGAUAGACACGGUCGAGCCACUGAGACGGGCCCUUCGGCAGCCCAUGCAGUGCUUUAUUCUGGAGUAUCUGGCAGCAUCCAAGCCAGCUCUCGGAGUGUUACAGAUGAUCACGCGAAAGACUCGCAUACCUUCAUCAGAGGAGGUUCAGAUGGCCCCUAAGGCGGAUGCUCCUACUGUAGCAGUGUCGGAGGUGACUGCUAGAGCGGAUUGCGUGGCGAUAGUCCUUCUUGAUGGGAUGGAAGGUGUGCCUCCAGGCAAGUUUUACAUACUUGGUAGUGGGGCCGUGGAGACGAUCCUAAACGACGGAGCGGUACUAGAUGCUGUGAUCGAUAACGGCAGUGAGGCUGUCAUUAUAGACGAGGAUCUGGCAGAGCAAGUUGGCCUUGAACUCAAUAGGUCAUACUUAUUUGAGAUAGAGACGGUUGAUGGGAGAAAGCAACAGAUCACCGGGGUUUGUCACAAGGCAUCUAUAGAGGUCCAAGGGGUACGAGUGACCCUGCCAGUCUUUGCAGUCAAGAACUGCAGCUCUGACCUGCUCUUGGGACAGACGUGGUUGAGACACGUGCAUGCGGUGACGAUAGAGCGACCGGACGGGAGCCAGACAUUGUCCAUUAAGAAGCUAGAUGGGACGCGGGUUAUGAUUGAGACGGUGGAGUCUCGAGACGCGAGGAACAGAGCAGCUCUUGCUGUGGGAGCGGGACGCGGUGAUCGGAUUAACUCAUUACCUAUCUCCGACCACGCGGUGCGAUUUCACGAGAAGAAGUAUGGACCUCUGCUCACAAAAGAAGAAGGCCAGAUUGUAGAAGUGGAAAACUUCGGGAGUCGGCUGAUAGUGGAUGGCAACUCGUAUCCAAAGAAGGCAGAUGAGGAGUUUGGCGGCGUGAUAUCUGUGUCUUUUUUAAGGGCACAGCCCCCUACGGAGGGCGACCAAAAAGACACAAGACAGUAGCUCAGAAGGUAAAGCCCGCGGCCGU